AUGCGGCAGGGCGGAGCAGCCAUGGGGCAGGCAGGGGCAGCACGGUGUGCAGAGCAGGCAGCGGCGUAUGGUGGUGGCAGCAUAGCACGCGGGUAUCUUACUUCUUUUCUUGGCUGCCGUCUUGUGGAGCGGCCAUUCCCUUCCGCCGCAAACACGCGCCUUCUCCCGGCGGUUCUUGGCAAGAGCAAGAGCCAUGGCACCAUGUUCGGGGAUGAAGAGUACAUGAAAAUCUCAGAGGCAGAGGAGGAGGAUGAGGCAACCGUGGCCUUCUCCUCCGCAUGUCUGUCCUUCCACUCCGAGGAUUUCGUGUCCCCUCCGCUGAAGGCGGCGGCGGGCACCUUGCCGGUGCAGCAGCAACAGCCGCCGAGGCGGAGGAAGGUCCGGACGGCCGUCUCAAGCCUGCUAUCCGCACUGGCCAAUGCCGUGGCCGGCCGGCACCGGCAGGUCGGCCUCGGCGCGUGGCACACUGGCACUCUGUAUGGCCACCAGCGCGGGCACGUGCACCUUGCAUUCCAGGUUGACCCGCGCGUGUGCCUGGCGCUGCUGCUGGAGCUUGCCGCACCCACGGUGGCGCUGGUGCGCGAGAUGGCCUCGGGCCUGGUGCGCAUCGCGCUAGAGUGCGAGCGCGCCAAGGGCUCCACGCUCCCGACCCCGACCGCCGGCCCCAACAUCGGCAGCGGCAAGAAGCUGCUGGAGGAGACGGUGUGGCGCGCGUACUGCAAUGGCAAGAGCUGCGAGUACGCGGUGCGGCGCGAGUGCGGCGCGGCAGACUGGCGCGUGCUCCGCUGGCGCGUGCUCCGUGCGCUGGAGCCCGUGUCCAUGGGUGCCGGGGUCAUCCACGCGGCCAGCUGCGGCAGCGGCGAGGGCGACGUCAUGUACAUGUGCGCGUGGUUCGAGCGCAUGGUGGGCUCUCGUGACUCGGAGGCAUUCUACAUGAUGAACCCGUACAACAGCAGCGGCGGCGGCGGCCAUGGCGGACCCGAGCUCAGCGUCUACCUCCUCCAUGGGGGGCAUGGCUCCCAUGGGGGGCAUGCCCGUGGUCCGCAUGGCUGGCGACCCCUCCAUGGAGGGCAUGCCCAUGGGCGACGCAGCCAGCCACCCCUCCAUGGGGACCAUGCCCAUGGCCGCGACCUGGGAGAGGUCGGGCCAGUGCACCGCCCCGGCGGCCUCCAUGGGCUGCGGCGGUCUCAAGUGAAGCAUGGGUGGAGGGGGACGAGGCGGGCGGAGGCUUGA